AUGGCUCCCCUCAUCCUGCACAACGUCCCCGACGACGAGUGCUACAUUGGCGAUGAUGGCAUCAAGCGCCCUUAUGCCAUGAUUUUUAACCAGCAAGAUGGUGCCCAUACUGGCACCACGCGAUCGAGACGAAACGCUCCAGAGUCAGGCUCCUUCGGCAAGUCCACGCGUCGCUCUCGUUCCAGAACAGGGACGCCUGCGCGCGGCGGCCCCCGUGAGAACCCGACCCUUGCAGCCGCCGACAAGUUGUUCGGCGACUGGGUCUCCAACCAAGCCGCCACAUCCUCGUCUGCGACCCAGCGCAAGAGCAGUGGCGGUCAGCAAGCCUCAGGGCAAUCACAGCCCGGCCAGGAUGAAGAUGCCUCGUCCGCCUCCGCCUCAGGCCCUCAGCGCAUCGUCAAGUCUCAUCCAGUUGAGAUGAUUCUCCGUGGAUACCGCUCCGCCACGCAGCAAUACGCCGCUGUCGCACACUACGAGGCGCUUGCCGGCACCGUUCUCGAAGACUACCCGCGCGAACCGCCUCCUUCUCAGCGUCGAUACAAGUCGGAGCUGCGUGAUCCGGCAUACACGCGCCGCAGGGUGCUUUCUGCCGAGGAGCGCUCCAUGGUGAACCGCGCAGAUGGUGGCGAGCACUGGGUCAAAGUCACGUUCGAGAGCGCAGAGGCAGCCGCCGCGGCGACAUACGCCAGCCCUCAACGCGUCCUGGGCCACCUCAUCUACGCAGAACCCUACCGCGGCAUUCCCCCGGCCCGGGAUGAAGCUUGCCCGGAUGUCGAAGGGUUGGAGUUCGAACAUGGACGGGCGCAAAGCAUGCCGGCGAUCGCAACACCGCGUCGCAAGAGCGGUGCCAGCAACGGCAUGCCCACCAUGUUCAAGAGCCGCUUACUCGACCUCUCCCCCCCCGACUCCCGCACGUCGAGCCAGACGAUGGACACGGCCACCAUGUCCCCCUCGUAUACCUCCUCAGCGACCGUCACCGAGAACAACGUCGCAUACCCGAACCUGCCCGCGUCCACGUCCGUCGAGCCGGUCCAGAUGGACCAGGACAGCAUUUUCUGCCAGCGCAUUCCCACUGCCAGACGCGCGCGCCUACUUCCUGCCGAGCAGGCUCUUCUGCCGCAGCAGUCAGUGAUGCAGCGCCUCGCGGGCGCCGUCCCGCUAUUCAAAUGGUUCAGCGGCUCCAUGAUCGGCAACGAGGUGCCGCGUUCCGAGACGGGCGAGUUUGACUGGGGUCGGGCUAGUCUCUACUGGAAGAUAAUCUGGUGGCUCGACGCGACGUUUGGGCUGUUUGGUGGCGACGUCUGCGCCGUGGACAAGGACGAGUAG